CUUUAGGACCGUCAGAUACCGGAAGUACGCUGUCAAUAUGCCGUCUAUCUGCUGUGCAGUCGGCUGCGAUAGAGCUAAGGCUAAAAAUACAGGACUUACGUUUUACAAUAUCCCCAAAAACAAUGAAAGAAGACAGAGGUGGGUCGCUGCCAUUAAAAGGGAUCACUGGACUCCCACAGAACACUCUAGACUCUGUGCUGACCACUUCAUCUCAAAAUAACAAUAACAGCAUAAAUGGUUCAGCAACAGAGAGUUUUUCCCUUCAUUGGGAUUCUUCUUUGGUUUCUGAGGAUCACUACUCAGCUGGCACCUGAGCAGUACCACCUCAUCAAUGAAUCCUUAACCUGGUAUGAGGCCCAGAGCUUCUGCAGACUUAAGUAUACCGACCUGGCCACAGUGAACAACAUGGAUGAUCAAAAAAGGCUGGUAAACACCCUGGGAAGUCAUGUGACAAAUACCUGGAUCGGUCUUCAAAAAGGUGGCUAUGCCAGAUGGAUGUGGUCCGAUGGGAGCGGCUUGGCAGCGUUCAUCAAGUGGAACCAAGAUGAGCCCAACAACCACGGAGAGCAAGAACGGUGUGCGGAGAUGAGCAACACGAGCUUGUGGAAUGACGUUUCAUGCCUAGACAUACAAGAUUUUGUGUGUUACGAACGUCGGGAUGGAAAGAAAAGAUUUGUGUAUUACACAAGCAAACGAAACUGGGUGGACAGUCAAGAGCUCUGCAGAGCCAAGUACAUUGACCUGGCCUACAUAGGGUCAGAGGGGGACAACUCACAAGUAUUCAGCUUAGCCAAGUGGGUCGAUGCCAGUAUGACCACUACGUGGAUUGGACUCUUUAAAGACUCCUGGUACUGGUCGGAUGGAAGAGAAACCUCCUUCAGGUACUGGCUGACAGGGAGGCCUGGUCUGGGAAACUGUUCUGCGGUUGCAUGGACUCAGCAGAAACGCUGGGUUGCAGCUGUUUGUGACAAUAAGGUCACGUUUUUGUGUGAAGGAGGCCUCAAAUUAAGGAAGAAGUUUAUAAGGGUAACGGUGCACUCUGAUGUGGAUCUCAAUGAUUUCACAGCCACUGAUGUCCUGCUGACAAAGUUGGAGAUAAACCUAAGACAACAGGGUGUGACUGAUAUCAAGCUUGGUUGGCAAGGGGACAAACAUGGACUCAUCUUCCAACGUCAGAAGCAGAUGAGGGUCUCGGGAAGACAGGGUUGUUAAAGCCUGGUGUGGUACUUCUCAAAAUUUGGAUCUGGGUCGUGUUUCAAUCGCUACAGAAAGAAAUGCCAAAAAAAGAAAAAGUGUAGUGAUAGGUAGAAUCCACUCAGAUAAGGAUUGUGAGCAUUUGUAAUGAAUCCUCUCUCACUAUCAUUUUUCCAAGUCCAAGGUUAUUCAAUAGAUCCACAAAGUCUUCAAGAAAGGUCCUGGAGAUAGGCAGAGUUUCAGUUUGAAGGGUUUCUUGAGCUGGAGGCAACUGAAGAAAAUGCUCUGAUCAUCCCCCCUUUAUUUCCAGACUUUUUCUAUUCUCUGUUAGAAAAACUAAAUAAAAAUGAAGUCAGUUUUCCAAGUUUAUUGGUGUAUUUUUAGGGCCUUCCUAUUCUUCACCUUCAUCUUUUAACGGUGUCCCAGCUUCUGAAAAUGAAAACCUGCCCAAACAAUUUGAUUGUCCUGCUAAAAUAUUUGCUGGGCAUGAUGAACUUUGGACAGAGUGACUCCAUACUGAAAUUCCCCCACAAAAAUUUGGUUUACCAGGGAAACUUCAGGCUAAAAUUAAAUUACUGAGACUGCUCAUAUUAUAGCUGUGCUGUAUAAAGCAGUGUGUUUAUUUAUUUCGUAUUCAUGUCUAUGCUUUCAUUUAUAUUAACAUAUUAUGUUCCAUGAUGUUUUCCAUAUUAUAUUCCAUGCACACAAUCUGCAUCUACAUGUACAUUGUGUUUAUUUAUUAUUAAUAUUAAACAUUUAUUCACCAUAA